AUGUCACACAAUUCCAUCUCUUCAUCAGGUUCUAAUUCGGCUGAAAGUGAUCUUUCGGACGAAGAACGAGUGAGUAUGGAAAACUUCGCACUCUUAAAAGUACUUGGAAAAGGGGCAUAUGGUAAAGUGUUCAUGGCAAGGAAGGUGGGGGGUCGUGAUCAUGGUACAAUUUAUGCAAUGAAAGUUCUUAAAAAAACAAGGGUUCUAACCAAGGCAAAAACCUUGGAGCAUACAUUAGCUGAACGGCAUGUUUUGGAACGUCUCAAGGGCCUUCCGUUUCUCGUCAAUUUAGUGUACGCAUUUCAGUCAGAUGCAAAAUUACAUAUCGUCAUGGAAUUCAUUAAGGGUGGUGAAUUAUUCACUCAUUUGUGUAGUCGUGGCUCAUUUGAUUUGCCUUCUGCUAAGUUUUAUAUUGCUGAACUAAUUGUUGCGAUCGAUAGUGUUCAUAAGAGGAACGUUGUAUAUCGAGAUUUAAAAUUGGAAAAUAUUUUACUGGAUGAAAAUGGUCAUGUGAAAUUAACUGAUUUCGGAUUGAGCAAAGAAUUGUCCGAGCAAGAUUUGCAUCGAGCAAAUUCGUACUGUGGAACAAUCGAGUAUAUGGCACCUGAGGUGGUGGAUCGUACAGAAGAAGGCUACGAUGAGACUGUUGAUUGGUGGAGUUUAGGCGUUAUUGCCUUUGAAUUACUAACUGGUUGUUCACCGUUCACCGUUGAUGGACACUCAAACAGCAGUCGUGACAUUGCAAGGCGAAUACUCACCAAAAAAGUUCCAUUCCCGAGGAAUUUCGAUCCACUAGCGUUGGAUUUUAUCAGUCGUCUUCUUGAAAAGUCACCGAAACGUAGAUUGGGCAGAAAAGGUGUGGCAGAGAUUAAAGAGCAUCCUUUAAUGGUCGAUAUUGAUUGGGCGAAAUGUGAGAACAGGCAGUUGAAUCCACCAAUCGUGCCGAAAAUUAGUAAUGAAAUGGAUGCGACCAAUUUCGCAGCUGAAUUCACGAAUCAGUUACCAAUUUAUUCACCGGCUGAUACUCCGCGUAAUGCAUUCAAUCUUUUCCGUGGUUAUUCAUUUGUAUCUCCGUCAGUGAUAUUCGCAAACAACAAUGUGAUUGGUGAGGAAUGUCUUGCCGAAGACUUUCAAGCACUUGUCUCUGUUUCACCAUUCUUCUCCAAAUAUAAACUCGACAGAAGUGAAAAUGGAUUCCUUGGUCGCGGCUCAUUCUCUGUAUGUAGAAAAUGUGAACGUUUAUCAGAUGGUGCCGUUUUCGGGGUAAAAAUAGUCUCGCAACGUUUUCAAGCACAAGCGACCCGUGAAGCGAAUAUCUUGGAAAUUGUCAGUGGGCAUCCAAAUAUUGUUCGUCUCAUAGACGUCAUCUCUGAUAAUUUGCAUAUUUAUUUGGUGCUGGAACUUCUGGAAGGUGGUGAACUAUUAUCGAGAAUCAAAAAGAUGGAAACAUUCACAGAGGCACAAGCAGGUUGCAUAAUGCGUCAACUGGUUUCUGCGGUCGCUUACCUUCACUCGAAGAACGUCGUUCAUCGUGACCUUAAACCUGAGUUGAAUCGAUCGUUUCAGAAUAUUCUUUUCGAGAGCACAGACCCUCAAGCGAAACUUCGAUUGGUGGAUUUUGGAUUUGCACGAGUGUUGCCGUCAGCGAGUGGAGGACAUUUGACAACACCUUGUUUCACACUUCAUUAUGCAGCACCAGAAGUGUUGGAGAGGGACGAUCAGUUACCACAGUACAAUGAACAAUGCGAUCUGUGGAGUCUCGGAGUGAUUCUGUUCACAAUGCUCAGUGGAAAUGUGCCAUUUCAUGCGCGCACGAAGCACGAGUCGGCAACUGAUAUAAUGAGCCGUAUUCGGAGUGCACAGUUUUCGUUUGAUGCACCGCAGUGGAGAGGCAUCAGUGCCGAAGCAAUCACCCUCAUCACAUCAUUACUGACAGUUGAUCCAAAGAAACGUCUCUCAAUCGAAGGACUGCAACGUCACCCAUGGCUACUGAAUGCAGCGGCGCAUAACGAGACACCCUUGCAAACACCAACAACUCUUAUGCACUCUCAUGCUGCUGAAACGUUCAACGAAACGAUGAACGCGUUCCUGAACGCGAAUCGUGAUGGUUUCCAUUUGAUGGAAGUGACUGCGGCACCGCUGUUGGUCAAGCGGCGUGGCAUGAAGCGUAAGAGUGCAAAUGUGGAGAGAGCGGCGAAUAGCGAUCCAAGCAAGAAAUGCAAUCCAUCGAGACAGCAGCUCGAGAUUGUUCAUGAAGCUGCAGACACUUCAUCGGAUUUGUCACGACCGUCUACUCUCACUCUCGAUGCUGAUUCUACAGAUACCGCUGCUACACCCCUUAUUGAUGACUUUAGAACACUUCCCGAUUCCUCUUCAACAAACGUUCAAGAUAAGUAA